AUGGGACGUGGAUCGGACGCCAGCGACCCGCAGGCGCUGCUCGUGCACAACGUGGAGUCCGGGCUCAAGGACCUCAGCGAGGCUAGCAAGGAUUACGUCAACGCCGUCCGCGGCGUCGACGUCGCGCUCGAGCGCCUUGCGGUGGCGCUCCGGCAGUUGACGCUCGGCGACCUCCCGCCCGGCCUGCGCGAGCGCGUCGACCGCUUCGGCAAGAAUGUCGGCGCUCAUCNCAACACCUCUGCCACGCCAGCAGCACGAAACAGCAACGGCAACGGCAACGGCAACGGCAACGGCGGCGCAGGGGAGGUGUACGCGCUGGCGUCCUACAUGGACGACUUCUCCAAGCAGGUCGCCAACACCAUGGCGGACCUCAAGGCGCUGACGAAGAACGCACGCAAGAAGCAGGAGGAGCGUGACCACGCGGUGUCAAAGUACAACGACACACGCAUCGAGGCGGAGAAGAUCGCAACAAGCGACGUGAAGAAGAACCGAAACUCCGCGGAGAACCCCAAGUACGUCAAAAAGGUCCAGAAGCGUGACACACUGCGCGCGGAAGCGGAGAAGAAGACACGCGAGUUUGAGGCGGCAUACGAGUCGCUGGUGACGCGGCGUGGGGAGGUGAUGUCACGUGCAAUGAACGCCAUAAGUACAAACGCGGGGCGCUACUGGACGGGUGUGGCGCAGGCCGUGCGCUCGGGAGGUGCGUGA